UGACUGAAAGACGACAUCGGAUAUGAAUUAAGUUGCGCGACGCUCUGAAUUACACGGCAGAAAUGGGUAACAAGGCGUUAAGUGCAGAUUUUGAGUGGGUUUACACGGAGCAGCCGCACACGAAUAGGAGAAAGGAAAUUCUAGGAAUUCACGGUAGAACAAAGAAAUACAUCAUGUGAAAACAAACCUAUACUGAACUGAGGCUGAUAGACGCGCAAUGUGAAAAAGAGGACAAAUAAUAAAUAAUUCUGAGAACCUGAGUUGUCCAGUCCUUGAAGCCAAGCACCCGGAGAUUAAGUCUCUGAUGGGCCCAGAUCCCCACCUGAAGUGGAUAGUCACGGUGAUGGUGCUCUUUCAGAUUGCCUCCUGUUACCUGGUGAAGGACUUGUCCUGGAAGUGGCUGCUGUUCUGGGCGUACGUGCUGGGGGGCAGCGUCAACCACUCCCUGACCCUGGCCAUCCACGACAUCUCCCACAACGUGGCCUUCGGCAACAAGGAUGCCAAGUGGAACCGCUGGUUCGCCAUCUUCGCCAACCUGCCCAUCGGCAUGCCCUACUCCGCCUCCUUCAAGAAGUACCACAUAGACCACCACCGGUACCUGGGGGGAGAGGGACUGGACGUCGACGUGCCCACCGAUUUCGAGGCCUGCUUCUUCCGCACCCCGGCCCGCAAGGUCCUCUGGCUGACUGUUCAGCCGCUGCUCUACAUCCUGAGGCCCCUCUACGUCAACCCCAAGCCCGUCACCCAGAUGGAGGUGGUCAACGCUGUCAUCCAGCUAAGUUAUGACCUGGUCAUCUACCAGAUCUGGGGCCUGAAGCCGGUGUUCUACAUGCUGGCCAGCUCUAUGCUCGGGAUGGGCCUGCACCCCAUCUCUGGGCAUUUCAUCGCCGAACACUACAUGUUCCUAAAGGGAUACGAGACCUACUCCUACUACGGACCCCUCAACUGGAUAACCUUCAAUGUGGGUUACCACAUGGAGCACCAUGACUUCCCCAGUAUUCCCGGCAGCAAACUGCCCCAGGUGAAGAAGAUGGCCCCGGAGUUUUACGAGAACCUGCCCCAGCACAAUUCUUGGUUGAGAGUCUUGUGGGACUUCAUAUUCUGCGACACCCUGGGGCCUUUCUCCCGGGUCAAGCGGAACUGCAAGCUGGUGAAGGAUGAGUGAAGCCCGCUCGCUGCUGAAUGCAGUCUUUCCCUGUAAAGCCUCAAUAAAACAGCUUUGGUAACCUG